AUGCAAUCGUUUCAAGAUGUUUAUGAAACGCUCGAAUUUAACGAUGCAAACAAUCAAUUGGAAGCAUUGAAAGUAAAAGGAAAUGCUUUUGCAAUGGAAAAAGAUGCAAAUAAAAAAAAUGCUUUGAAGAAAUGGCGCAAUUUGCCAAUUAUUCGUCUUCGAAUUCACAAAAUUGAACAGAGCAUUUUGGAUGGCGACAAUUUCGGUGACAGUAUUAGCGCAUUUCAACGCAUUGACGAAAUUCGAAAUUUAGCUAAUGAGGUUUCGAAAGUUCUUCAAGAAGUAUACAAUUAUUACAAACAAAUGGACGAUGAACUAUCUGACAGUUACAAUAUUUUAACUGAUAUUGAGGAUAAGCUUAAUGCAAAACGUGAAAAGGAAGGAAAAGUUCGACGUUCCAAUUGCUUCUGGUUUUUCUGUUAUUAA